GAUCGUCCCCGGAUUUCGCUUUUCUCGCUGCAGCUACCUCCAAAGCCUGCUGCGACCUUCCGUUAUCCAGGAGCUGGAGUUGGUGCGGCACGGGAUGAAGCUUCUCCGGCGGAGUCCUGCGUCUUUUACUCCUUGCUUGGAUGGGCGGAGUCUUCUUUUAGGUCCGGAUGCUGAGUUGAACAGUUCGGAGAUUGCUAAGUUUUCGAAGAAGGAUGCAAUGGCUUAUCCGAGAUAUGAGGAGCAGCUCCUGAAAUUCUGUAAGUUUAUGGAUUCAUUAUUAGACUCAUAUACUCCGGAAAUCAAACGGGAUGCACACUCUCUCAUGGAUAAGGUGAAGGAUAAAUUUGAGAAGUCUGCAUUUUGGAGUCAUCUUCUCCAACAAGCUUUGACAUUGGGCCAAAAGGAUAUGUUGGAUUUUAUUGAUCUUUUAGUUUCACCAGCAGCAAAGGUUCUAAAUAACUGGUUUGAGGCGGAGGCUUUGAAGGCAACACUGGCAACUGAUGCUGUUAUUGGAAGCAUGGCGUCUGUUUAUACACCAGGCUCAGGAUAUGUCUUGCUUCAUCAUGUGAUGGGAGAAACAGAUGGGGAACGUGGUAUUUGGUCGUAUGUUGAGGGUGGCAUGGGUUCAGUGUCAUUAGCUUUAAGUAAUGCUGCAUGUGAAGCCGGAGCUCAUAUCAUCACAAAUGCAGAGGUUGCUCAAGUGCUGGUUGAUGAGAAUACUGGAUCUGCAACAGGGGUAAUUUUGGAAAAUGGAAGAGAAGUUCGUAGUUCAAUACUUUUGUCAAAUGCCACCCCAUAUAAGACUUUUAUGGAGUUAGUUCCUUCUGGUAUACUUCCAGAAGAAUUUCUCCAAGCUAUUAAAAAUUGUGAUUACAGCUCGGCAACAACAAAAAUUAAUAUUGCUGCUGAUAAGUUGCCUCAAUUUUGCUGUUGUGCAACUGAUACAGAUGAGCCCGGGCCUCAACAUGUAGGUACUAUACAUAUUGGAUCUGAAAGCAUGGAAGAAAUUGAUUUAGCCUACCGUGAUGCUCUAAAUGGAUUACCAUCCAGAAGACCUCUCAUUGAAAUGACAAUUCCUUCAGUUCUUGACACGACAAUUUCUCCACCUGGUAAACAUGUGAUUAAUCUCUUUAUCCAGUACACACCUUUCAAGCUUACAGAAGGCAGCUGGGAAGUGCCAGCAAUCCGAGAAUCAUUUGCAAAAAGAUGCUUUUCCUUGAUCGAUGAAUAUUCGCCGGGAUUCAGCUCAUCAAUCAUUGCCUACGAUAUGUUGACUCCACCUGACCUUGAAAGGGUCAUUGGACUAACUGGUGGGAACAUCUUCCAUGGUUCAAUGAACUUGGAUUCCUUAUUCUUAAUGCGGCCGGUCAAGGGAUGGUCAGAUUACAGGACUCCCCUGAAGGGUCUCUAUCUCUGCGGCAGUGGUGCACACCCUGGAGGUGGUGUGAUGGGGGCUCCCGGGCGUAACGCGGCUUCUGUUGUUCUUCAGGAUCAUGGAAGUUUAUCAAAAACUAUUUGAGAUGAAAAUCGCCUUUAUAGACUUGCAGCUGCUCUUGACUGAAGUUCCAAAUCCAGCUGCAGAAAGCAAAGUUGUGUGUUUGUUUAUUGAAUCUGCAGAUCCCUCUGUUCUUGUUUUUAACUCUUUACUUAAAUGCUGUUUGCUUAUUGUAUUGAGGAUAAUUUAACAAUCUUUCGGAAG